CAAUGAGAUAAACCUAACCAUGUGACCAUGCUUCAGUUUGAUAUCUUUUCUGGAGAAAAUGAAGAACUGGGUGCCGAUACCAAUAGCCUCACUCCUCCAAAAAACCACUCAGUCUUCAUCAGACACAACUCCUUCAAAAUCACUCUGAAACUUCAAACACACUUUUGAUCUAAGUACCUGGCUAAAGAUCCGUGCUUGAAAAUGGCAGGCUGCCCACUGGACUAGUACUUGCAAGUUUCGAAUCGGGACGCCGAUCUAGAAAAGAUGCCGGUAAGCUGCAGACAAGGACGAGUUGGGUCGGAGUAGUUAUCUCAGGCUGAAUAAAUUGCACGGCGUCCAUCGUCUUCCGGUAGAGAGGACUGAUUGCUUUCUUGCCAUAUCACUGAAGGUCCGAGGAAGUCUCUUGGCCACAAAACGAAGUGUCCUAUGGCUGAUGAUGCUUCAGAACAAGAGGCCGGGUCAGAGGGUGGUGAUGCAAUAAAAAUAAAAUCAGCCGAAUUCGCAACCAAAUUUAUGAAGGCUUUCGAUGCUUCCAAAGACACACUUCAAAAUUCCGUGGUUUGUCAGCUGGCGAAAAACAAAGAACCGCUGGGAAUGUGCACACUGGGGCCACAUUACUACGCGGGCAUGCCGCUGGCCGUGAAGGAGGUACUAGAGGGUUCGUUAGUUGACACGUCAUGUCUUGCUUAUGGAGCUAGUUGGUCCACCUGGAGCUCUGAGUUCAAACUUCUGCGAGUUUGGCCGAAACUGACCCCUGAGUGGAGCAAAUGGGUGCCAAGGAUGGAGCAUUUCUUUGCUCAAAAAUGGAAGGACUAUGGAAUAUAUGAUAGUAUAAAGAUGACUGAGCAAGAGAUUCAUAUGGAUCGGCCCCUUCUUGCGGCGAGCUUAUGCUUCUGGUCGUCCGCAACCAACACCAUCAACUUGCCUCUCGGUCCCAUGACCCCUACUUUGUUAGACAUGGCCGUAAUAUUUGGGUUUCGGCCGAAUGGCGAGGCGGUUUGUGCUACAGCCAAAUUCCCUAGUUCCCUCCAUGCUAGUCUGAAACCUAAAGCAAUAAAGAAUGACAAGAAGGCUAAAGAUGACGCAGAAGCUAAGGCAAAGCAAUUACUCAACUAUAGCACCUUUUAUGCCACACAUGCAGUUGAUGAAGCAGUUUCAGAAACUAGGAGGCAACCUCCAAAACAGCACGAACACGCCGCCUUCCUUCUCUAUUGGCUUUGUAAGUUUGCAUUUUGCUCCAAGUCAAAUAAGUGCACUUUUGAAUUUGUUGGUAUUGCAGAAGCUCUUAGCAUGGGUAGACCUCUAGCCCUUGGGCCAUUUGUUCUUGCUCGCCUCUACCGUGCUUUACGCAAUGCAGUGAUCGAUAAUAUGAAUUUGGAUAUUGGAGGGCCAUUAUGGAUGUUUCAAGUGUGGAUACAGACCUAUUUUCAUGAGCUCCGGCCGACAUGUCCUCCAUUUGUCCCCACAAUGACACUUGGCCUUCAGAUUAUUGCCCUUGGCACUCAUACACAUUCAGCCGUGCAGUGUUUUGCCUUCUUUUAUUCAAAAAAGACUAUGUCCAAAGAUGAGUUUGCCAUAUGUUACAGCCGAGAUCAUCCUUCUUGCCUUGAGAUCAACAUAUCAAAACCAUGGGAUAAAAAAUUUGAAUUGGAUGUGAUUCUGACUUGGGGGAGUUUUCUGAUCUCUCGAGACCUGAACUAUGGCCUCAAAGGCACCGUGGGUCGGUAUGGUGUGGAGGUCUAUCUUCCCAAUUUUGUUGCACGUCAGCUUGGCUUCAUACAAAGUUGUCCGGCCUUAUUCUUGAUGUCAAGAAACUACUUCUCGUCAUGGAGAGAUGGGUUCACACGAACUUCUCAGUGUUCUGCCGUUGGUAACUACUAUGAAGAGCAAUUUGGCAAGUUUGAGAGGUCCGGCCUAAAGCCUCGUUGUCCUGAUCAUAGAGCCACCCCACACUUCCAAGCUUGGUGGUCGACUUUUAUCAUGAAAAAUCUUGGAAAGGACUUGGCUGGGACCCAACGUGCUGCUUUACAAGGACUUCCGAACUUGCUAGGCCCCAAGGAAGGUAAUGGUAAGAAGAAAGCACCGGAUGGCAAGUUAAAAUCAACCAAAGGAUCCUCUAAACAAGGACAAACAUCGAAGAAACGUGGCUCAACAUUGGGGUAUACUCGGAACCCCAAGAAAACAAAGAAAUCAUCGGAUGUGGUGGAGAAUUCGGUCACAAACCCGACGAACACUAUGGUUAGUGAGGACAUAUUUUUUGAGGCUAAUAUGGAUGAUGGCCACGAUGCUUUGGCUGAAAACCAAAAUACGUCUGAAAUUGAGGAUAUGGCCGAAACUGGUGACGCCUCGAUCCAUAGCGCGGACUCGGCUGAUAGCGAAGGUUAUUCGGAAGAAGCUCAAUCAGAAAGCGGCGACCAAGAGAGAGAUGGCUGCAUUGAUCAUUCUUUGCCCCCACUUGAAAACUCCAUGAUUGAGAUUGACAUGGACGACUUGGGUGAGAGCCAACUUCACAACACAUCGAGCAUUGGCCAACAGCUUGCCAUAUCAAACAACUUUUCCAAGGAUGUUGAAAACACAGAUGCACGUGGCCGAGAAACACUACUUAUCCAUCAGACAUUGGUUCAGGUGGGAGAAUCUCGAAGCAGUACAACCCUAGAAUUGGCUCUUCUCAACCAAACUGAAUCUCAUCCCCCUAUGUUCGGAACACUUACCUCUCCUCCUAAUGACGGGAUGUGUCAAAGUGAGCAAGCUAUCGUUUACGCUCCAUCUUCGGCCGAGCUUGUGGAUCAUACAGUGGGUGAUCUUGGUUUGGACCUACUUCAAUUCCUAAAUACUCUAGACAACACCACGAGUCCUGAAGAGGAAAAACUUGAAACAACCGAAACCAAAAAGGCACUUGAGACGGUCAGACAGUUUUUGGGUUGUGAUGUGAGAACAGUGACCGAGGCUAGUUUUCUCUCUUUCAAGGAGGCGGUUGAAGUACUUAUUUCAGCCAAACAUGUCUCUCAGGUAGAGGCUUAUGAAGUUCAUGCUCGUUUGGCUGUUGUAAAUUUUAGUCUCUCUCCUUGUCUAGAAGCCCAAAAAGAGUUUGAAGCAGGUGAGAAGUUGAAAAGUGAGUACGAUGACAUUCGCCAAUCCACCGAUCUUGGCCAACUCCAAAAGUUGAAGACUUCUUUGGACGAAGGAAGGCAAAAAGUGCUUGAUCUGAGGAAGCAGUUGGCCGAAGCUGAAAAGCAAGUCAAAGUCACUUCGGCCGCCAUCCGAACCAUUGUUCCCCAACAAGAUCUCACCAAGUAUAGCUUGAUUCUGUCAUCGGUCAAGUCGUAUAACAAGAAGAGGGGCAUCUUGAAGCGAAAGGUCGACCAAGGUAUGCAAGACUUAGAAGAUGUUAAAGAAGCUCUUCGGUCACUCUUGCCCACUGAUUAGUUGCUUUAGGAUGUGAUAUUCAUCUCGGCUUAUAUUUUGUACAUGGCCUUAGGCCUGUAACUCAGCCGGUUGACACGUUUUUGUAGAGUUUGGCCGACCUUCUUUGUAUGACUCAAACGCUAAUUUUGUGAAUGUGACCGUUGAUCACCCGGCCACUAUUUUGUCAAUUGACUCGGCCUCUUUUGACUUCAUAUA